AUGACUUCAACGCACCCGGCUCAACGACGACUAGGUCUACUUGACCUCCCGCCAGAGGUUCGUCACAAGAUAUACAGAUAUUUGUUCUGCCACAAACCCUUGCCCAUUACUUUGGGCUCAGGAGACCGCAUUCCCCAAAUUAACGAAACUUGGCUUGACGUUGAUGAGACUGAGCCGACUUUCUACACCGAGAUCUUCAGAGUAAACAAAGCCAUUUCCUGCGAUGCUCUCCAAUUUGCAUACAGCGCCAACAGUUUCCGGCUUUUCACCGACCUACAUAGCUUCUGCCGUCUAGGAGCCACGGCAUUGGCCUCGAUCAGGACGUUGGCGAUAUUCAAUAAUUGCUGGAAACCGGGAGGCCAUAUCAGCGUCAUCUGGGAUACUUUUAACCAGAGAUGUCCGAGUUUAGAGUACCUGAUUGUGCAACCCUCAUCGCAUAUCCUUUUGCAGGCGAUCCCUCACCUGAAGGAUUUUUUUGCUUCAAUUCCUCAAAAUGAACCGAGGCCAAGGCUAGUGCUGGACAUCCAUGUUUGGGAUCGACAUUUCUCAUUCGACAUUCCAGAUAGAGAACACAAAAAGGCCCUGGAGGAGCUGCAUGGCACAUGGGGGGCUGCUGGUUGGAGAGGAUUCGCCGACCCAGAGGAAAUAGUCAUGCGAAUGCCCAGGCAUGUAAAACAGAUUGAUUUCGUUCUUGAGAUGGGCCCAGGCGCUGUGCAAGCCUUGAAUGAAUUCUUGCACGAAUCUCCCAAUGUCUUUUUCGUCGAAACAGAUGAGCAACUAUCGUAUAGUGGUCACCAGCGAGAGGGUCGUCGAGCACACCAUUGUUAUUAUUGGGAAGAGCGCGCAGUCUGGAAUGAUUUCGGGCCGAUUUCGCUUGCCGAGAAAUGA